UUUUUUCCCACUUUUCACUUUUUUCACUUUAUUGGAUUCUAAAACCAAAUUUUAUUAACCAUUCAUUAUUAAAGGUUACACAUAAUUUAAGUAUCGUUCUUGAUACUCAUUUUUAAUGACUAAACAAUGGAAAGCUACGAUCAUCUUAUAAAAUAUAAUGAAGAUGGUAAUUCAGUUAGUGUACCAUUUGGACGUGCUGCGGAAUAUUAUAUAUCAAAACAUCCUUUAUUAAAAAAUAUUAGAUUAAAAGCAAGAAGUAGAUUGAGAGCACCACAACUCGUUAAUGAAGGAAUUAUUACAAUCAAAAGAGUUGAAGGAGCAGUUGAUUAUGUUGAAUGGACAACAUCAAGUGGUAAAACAAAAUCAACAAAUAGAAUUGACGAUAUUAUUGAAUUAACAGAAAAAGGUGAAGAAUUUGUUAAACAAAUUCAAGCUGGAACAGCAAAAGAUAAAUUAUGUUGGAGUUGGGUAAUGUAUUGUGCCGGUGAUGGUAAUAGUUGUCAACAUUUAUGCGGAGGAAUUGGUAAAUGUAAUCCUGAUUGUCAAAAUGCAAAUUUACCUAAUAAUUUAAAAAAUAGCAAUGAUAGGCAUCGUUGUAGACUUCGUGUAGUAUCUGAAUCCAGACUUUCUUGGAUUAAAUCUCCUCAUCAGUUAAAAAUUAAAAUUGAAGGUUGGCAUCUACCCCCAAAUGCACUUAUAACUCAUGAACCUCAGGUGACUAGAGUUAAUCUUACACGUUCUGCUCGUGAUAAAAUUAUAAUUAGUCGUAGAGCUGAUCGUUGGACUGCUGAUGAUGUUAAAAAUAAAAUUUUGGUUUCUAAACAAGGUGCAACUGAAGCUGAUCUCAGUCAGGAAGUUGUUAAAAAUAGAGAUAUUUGUAAUAAUAAACAACUUAAAAGACUUAUUAUACGUGAUGAUCGUAGAGUGAGGGAUAAUUCAGGUCCUUGGACAGUUCUUCAAAAUUAUAUUCAGGAUUUAUUAAAACCUCGUGGCCAUGUUUUAUAUUAUCAUGCUCCUGAUUUAUCUGCUCCUGAAGAUUCGCCCGAACGUUAUUAUCAAUUAAUUGUUUCCGAUGAUAUAUGGCUGAAAAAUGGAAGGGACUAUGGUCACUAUUGUUUUUGCAUUGAUGGAAACAAUGAAUUAAAUAUGGAACGAGCAACCGUUUUGACGAUGGUUGUUGAGACAAAUCUCGGUCAUCUUACUCCAUUAGGAUUUGCAUUGAGUAAUGGAGAUGAUAAAGCACCUGUACGUUAUGCAGUUACCGCUAUUAGGGAAAAUAUUCCAUGUAACCGUAAGGAUUGUGAACACCCUUGGUAUUAUGAAGAUUUACCUAACGAAAGGGGAUUCAAAAGGAUACGUAAAUGUUCAGAAGAGCAGCCAUGGAAUCCAAUUGCAAUGAUCGAUCAAUAUCUUCCAAUAAAGAAAGCACUUGAUGGUAUCGUUACUGAUACUUGUCUUUCUUGGACUUUUCUAAUGCAAAAACUAGCAGAGAAAUUAAAAGCAUGGGAUGUAUCUCGUGUAUUAAGAUAUCCAAUUGCGCUAGGAUAUAAAAUAAUUGGAAGGAGUCGAACAGAGGAAGAAUCAGCUGAUAUGGCACGAUUAUUUAAAGUGUUUAUUGAUUCGCUUCCGUUGUCGUAUGCACAAAAGAAUCUUAUCAAAGACGAUUUAGAAACAAAUUGGAUAAGUGAUGAAUGGCGUGCAAUGAUUGUCGAUAGCUGUCGAGAAUAUUCCGAAAAGAAUUCGGACAAAUUGAGAAAACCAAUGACUACAAAUAGCCUCACAGAAAAGAUUACGAAAAGGGUUAUUGUUCAGCUUGAUGGUAAAUUAACCCCUCUAGCUUUCCUUGAAAGGCUUUUUGGAGUUAAAUUACGUAGAGAUGUUUUACACGCAGAUAAUCUACCUAACGGAGAUAAUCAAGAUAAUGCCGGAUUAAUAGCAUUCUUUAAUUCACAACCAUUAGAUCAUCAAGAUGAUAAUUCCGAGAAACAAAAACCAGCUGAUAUAAUUCGUAAUUUAAAUCUUGGAAGAUUUUAUUUCCUGUCAGGAUUAGUUGAACCAACAGAUGAACCGUACUGUUAUUACGUUAAAAGACAUACUGAUGAGCCACUUACACUAACAUCAUCAUAUGAUGGCAAAUUAAUUUCAUUAGACGAGAAUACUAUGGAAAAAUUAAAUGUCAUGAUGAAUAGAUUUAUUGCAAGACAUGGAGUUGUCAUACAAGAAGGGUAUUAUAUGGCGAACAUUAAAACAGGAGAAUGUUUAAUGUGUUAUGACUUUAUAUGGAAUGGAAGGUUUCGUGAUGUUUGCAAACAUGUUCAUGCAGCAAAGCUUUACGCUGAAGCACAACGUAUGGGUGAUUUUACUUCUUUAAUUAAUGAAACUAAAGUUAAAUUAGUAGAAUAUUUUAAUUGCAGAGAAAAUAAUGAAACUCAACAAAAUAUUUUAAUAAGAAGGGGAACUAUUGAUGAAGCUUUUGAUGAAAUCCGAAGAUUAUAUGAAAUUUCGGGAGACAAAAUAUUUGAUUCAACAAUGUUAUAUACUGAUGCAUGUAGGGAUCCUUUCCGUAAUUUAAAACAAAAAAGAAGAGUUGCUUCAAAACAAAAUAUUCCUGUGCUUACAAAAAAAGCUCGUAUUUCAAAAGAUAAUGAAAAAGAUGAGACUACUGAAAAAUUAGUAGCGGCACAUAAUUUACAACAAAAUGAAGCGGUAACCAGCCUUGGAUCAUUUAUUAGUGAUAAAGAUAAUGAAUUAUUAUUUAGAUCAGAUGACUCUUCGAUUAUAUCAUCUUCUUCUUCCUCGUCCUCGUUACAUCAUCAACAAAGCGUACAAAUAAGUUCAUCAUCUUCUACAAUUCAUAUUCAUUCUAGUGAUGCUUACGAUAAAGCCAUUGCUGAAUUUAAUAAUGUUCGCCAUGCUUUAACUAAUAGCAGGCAGGCACCAUAAUUAAAUACAAAAUAAGAGCGGAUUCGAAAUGUACUAAUGAAAUUCAAUAGUAAUAAAAAGAAAUUUUAUAUAAACGACUUAAGAAAUUUCUAAAUGACUAUUCAUUUAAUUGCUCUCAGAAGAUUAGACACAUAUAGUUCACAACUUAUAAUGUAUAUAUGUACAUACGAA